AUGGCAUCAAGUAGUUAUGAUGAAACUCGUCGAUCUUCUGAUCCGCCGAAGGAAUUAUCCGGAAGAGUUUGCGCGGUGAGUUGUUUAUUUCAAAUCCAAUAUUCAGAGAAAUUUUUUUAGGUCUGUUCUGAUCGAGCAAAUGGCUAUAAUUUUGGUGUUUUGUCGUGUGAAUCGUGCAAGGCAUUUUUCAGAAGAAACGCGAUGAAACAAAGUGUAAGAUUGGGCUUGAAUCUAAAUCCACCUGGGGAGACCGGGAGUGUAAAUUCUGCUUUAUCGAAAAAGCUCAUUUUUUAUAAUUUCUGUUGGUUAUCCCCCAUAGAGGAAAAAUUCGCUGUUUCCAGUGAUCGAAAAAAAAACCAUAAAAUGUAAUGAUUAUUAGAUAAGAAAGAGAGAGAAACCAGGCAUGUUCAUUUUGCCGCCUUCCGAAAAAGCAAAGCCGCUUUUGCUUUUACACGGUGAGACUGUGAAAAGCAAAAGCAAAGCAGCCUGCCGAAUUGCCGGCAAUGCUUUUUCACUCCUUCAAAAAUCAUCUGAAAAGAGUGAAAAAACAUUGACAAAACAAUCUUUUUUUUUGCUUCUAUAACGCGCGCGCGAGACUACUUGAAUAAAUGGAGACGCGGACGAUUCACUGGUUUUGUGUGUUGCUAUGUUUUGUGUGUGGAGGGGGCGGAGCUUCGCUUGUCGCCGUCUGUAUUUUGAAAAAGCAGCCCGGCAAUUCGGCAGGCUGCUUUUUUUUUGCUUUUUUCUUUCUUUGCUUUUUGCCAGCAAAAAGCAAAGCCACGCCCAGCAAAGCUGCUUUGCUUUUUGCCGGCAAAGCAAAAUGAACAUGCCUGAGAGAAACUUCUUCUAGACCUUUCUGAAAAUUUGAUAAAAAUUUUGCAAAAAACUAUAACUAGAAUUUUUUGAGACAAGUUAGAGAUAAAAAAUUUUCUUUUCUGAAAAAAGUAUCAAAAUCCCCAAUUCCCCACUUCUUACAGGAAAUCAAAUGUCCAUUCUCAAAUGCCUGCCAAAUCACUUCAAUUUCACGAAAGUUUUGUCAAGCGUGUCGACUUUCGAAAUGUUUUGCUGUCGGAAUGAACAGCGAUUGGUUACAUGAACAGAAAAUUCGUGGAAAUCCUAUUAAAAGGAAGACAAAAAUUGAAGAUGAGAAAAAAGAAAAAGAAGAUGAUGAACAAGUUAGUGUUUCAAAGGUGUUUUUGCAAAAAUUAAUGAAGCAGGCUAAUGAGUAAGUUAUAUUGAUUUUUUAAAGUCUACAGUAAUCCAAUUUAUCUUUCAGAAAACAAACUUCCUGCAUUUGUAACUGUCAAUGUGGUUUUUAUCCAUCUGGAACUCGUCUUAUGGCAUAUGUCUCAACAACUCCAUCAUUCUCAAAUUCUCCAAUUUCUGUGGUUGCAACUUCACCUAUUUCACCAUCUGUCAAUUAUUUAUCGCCUUAUACCAAUCCAUAUUCUCCUUCUUGGAAUUACCAAACUUUUCGGCCACAAAUUCAGUCAACAUAUGAACCAUCAGCUUUGUAAGUUUUUAUCAUAGUUAAAAAAAAAAUGUUUCUUGAAUAAAAAAAAGAAUGUUCGAAUCGGAAGUCGAAUUUUUAAGAAAAAAAUACUGAAAAUUGAAGUCGAAUAAUUUUUCGAAUUUUAGCCACACCAUCGAAUCGAACCGGAGAAACGGAAUUGAUAAAUAUCGCAAUGUUUUGUCAGCUGAUGAAAUCGCAUUACUUGAAGAGUUACACAUUCUCAAUGUUCCUUUAAAUGCACCACUCGAGCAAAAUUAUAAUCAAGAAUCAUUAUCAGAUGUUUUCCAAAUUGUUGUUGAAGCAUUGAGAAGAAUUAUAAGUAUGGCUGCACAACUCAAAUCAUUCAGAGAAUUGGAUAUUGAAGACCGCAAGCAAUUAUUGAAAUCUGGAUUUUGUGAAUUGCUUAUUGUUAGAGGAAUUAUGGCCUAUAAUAAGACGAAUAAUUCGUGGAAUCAUCAUUUUGCAAAUGUAAAUUGUUUGAUCCGAGUUUUUCUUCACACUUCAUUUUUCAGAACAAAAUGGAGGUCAAGAUAGAAAUCCUAAAACAGGAUCCAGCUUCAUUGGAGCAUUAUGAAAUGCACAAAAAGUAAGUUUUGUCCCAAUACAUCUCACCAAUUUCCAUGUAUCUUUUCAGGCUUCUCGAAUCAUUUUCCGACGAAAUUCGAAACAAUGAGAAUAUCAUGCUAACAUUGAACGCGAUUGUCAUUUUUCAUCCACGUGAGUUUUUUUUCAGUUUGGGCACUACAUUUUUCUGAAACAGACAAUGUUUCUAUGAUUUUUAUACAACUUCUAAAUUUUUUAAUUUUUUUUUUUAUUUUUUCGUUUUCAAGCAGUAAGGGGGAAAAUUAAUUUGCCAUGAUGAAUUUAUUAAGAUUCUGGAGAAAAAUUAGUUCCAAUAAUCAUCAAUCAAAUUAUUGUAAAGAAUAUUGCAUCCAGUGAUUUUGAAUUCCUGUUUCUUGGCUGGUCUUGUAUCCAAACAACAUCUGAAAUGACUGUUAGUCAUACAACUUCCAUCAUAUUUGUUAUAACAAUUGUGAACACAUCGUUUAUAGCAAGUUUUGUUGGUUUGUUGAGAGAAACUAAUCCACGGUGAACAAUAAUCAUACGAUGCUCCACCAUUGACAGAAGAACAGAAAGCUUGGCAAACAGCUUUGGUGACAGCACCAGCUCCAACAACUAGAGCAAAGAUGACAAGAAUACGGAAAAUCAUUUUUGAUCAUGCUAAAUUGAACUCUGCAUGCUAUUUUAUAGCAAGCAAAUUGAAAGACUCUGUAGGAAGUUUGAUUUUUGUUGCUGUUAGACUUCAACAUUUUUUAAUAAUCAUGACAAAUAAAAAUUUUAAAAAUAGUUGGAUACUGAAAAAAACCAACGGAACAAACCGACUUUUAAAAUUAAAAUUUGUAAAAACAGCUGGAUACUCGAAAUUGCGUAGGAAUUCUGUUGACGAAAAAUGACUGUGAAUAGUUUCCAUUCAAAAUCGGUUUGUUUCGUUGGUUUUUUCAUUAAAACUAAUUCUACAACAAUUUAUAUUUAUGAAUUUUAAUAAUCAAACACUACGCUUUUCAAUAUCCCACUGUUUUUUUUAAAUUUUUAUUUGUCAUGAUUAUUAAAAAAUGUUGAAGUUUACCAGCAACAAAAAUCAAACUUCCCACAGAGUCUUUCAAUUUGCUUGCUAUAAAAUAUCAUGCAGAGUUCAAUGUAGCAUGAUCAAAAAUGAUUUUCCGUAUUCUUGUCAUCUUUGCUCUGGUUGUUGGAGCUGGUGCUGUCACCAAAGCUGUUUGCCAAGCUUUCUGUUCUUCUGUCAAUGGUGGAGCAUCGUAUGAUUAUUGUUCACCGUGGAUUAGUUUCUCUCAACAAACCAACAAAACUUGCUAUAAACGAUGUGUCAACAAUUGUUAUAACAAAUAUGAUGGAAGUUGUAUGACUGACAGUAAUUUCAGAUGUUGUUUGAAUACAAGACCAGCCAAGAAACAAGAAUUCAAAAUCACUGGAUGCAAUAUUCUUUACAAUAAUUUGAUCGAUGAUUAUUGGAACUAAUUUUUCCCCAAAAUCUAAAUAAAUUCUUUACGGCAAAUUAUAUUUUCAUUACCAUAUUACACGUGGCUCAUAACGUGGGCGUCCAAGUUUGAUACGAAAAGUGUAUCAUUUCAGACGUGUCACAUCUGAAAGACAGCAGCAAAGUUCACGCGGCUCAAGCUCGCUACUUUGCUCUUCUUCUCAAAAUAUUGCGAUAUGAGUUCACAAAAGAAAAGGCUGAUCGAGCCUAUAAAUCUCUUCUUGAUGUAGUUAUCGAUCUUCAUCGUGUCAAUCAAACCAUGCUUCACAUUUUCUACGGUUUUGAUCCAUCCCAACUUGACCCUCUUGUCAGAGAACUUUGCAAUUUUGAAUGA